UCUAAUUUAAAAACCGGGAAACGGAGAUUAGAGAGAGAGAGAGAGAGAGAGAGGGAGAGGUAAAAACUGAAAAGCCAAAAGGGGAGGGGGGGCAAGGAAGCACCUACUGGUCAUCUUCAGAUUUUUGGUUCAGAUUGCCUUCUUUUUUCCACAAGAAAGAAGAAAAGCGUGCCGCUUGGAAGAGCACGAUCCAACUCCGACCAGGACGAUCCUCGCUUCUCAUCCAAGCACGCCCCCUAUCUCCCUUCCUCCCAUUCUCUCUUCUUCAAUCCCAUUGGGUUCAAUUUCAUUUGUUUAUAUCACUUUGAAGCAGCGAAGACCCAAAUUCGUGACAGGGCAUGGCAGCAAAUGAAGAUAUUGACAUGCCAGCUUCGAAGCCUGAGCCAAGCCAAACUGAUGAAUUGUGGAAGCAGGAGGUGGAAAGAAACCAAUCUCAGCUGGAUGUCCUGCGAGAAAAAGUUAUGGAGGUCAAGGCUUGCAUACAGGGUUCAGAGGAAGAUGCAAAAAAGGAGUUAGAUGUUCUGUGGCGGAGAGUCAAAACUACUGCUACAUUAUUGACCUAUUUAAAAUCCAAGGCUAGAAUCAUGGCUGUUCCUCAUUUAGCCCACACAUCUUGUGGCAUCAAACAACUAGAGGGGGUAGGGCUUGUGGACAAAAAUGGGAUACCAUUAUCAGGUUGGUCUAGGAAUGUUGAUGUUUCUUCAUUUGACAGUCCAGAAGAAGAAUCUUGGAUAGUAAUGAACAGGCAGCAUGGUUCAGUGGAUGAACGAGAUGCAGCUUAUGUAGGUGAAAUACUUAAGUCCGUUCAGAUGGUUGCAGAUGUGAUGGAAACCCUUGUUAAAAGGGUUUUGUUGGCGGAAUCUGAAACUGCAAUUGAGAAGGAAAAAGUAACCUUAGGUCACGAGGAAAUUAAGAGGAAGUCUGCCCAGUUAGAGAGUAUGUCUAUGAAAUUAGAGGAGAUGGAACGAUUUGCUGUGGGAACAAAUAGUAUUUUGAAUGAAAUGCGGCAAAGGGUUGAGGAUUUGGUGGAAGAAACCACCAGACAGAGACAGCGAGCUGCUGAAAAUGAGCAGGAGCUCAGCAGAGUGAAACGAGACUUUGAAUCUCUGAAAUCAUAUGUCAGCAGUUUAAUAUCUGUAAGAGAAACCUUACUUUCUUCAGAAAAGCAAUUUCAAACUAUUGAGAGGCUGUUUGAACGGCUAGUUGAAAAGACUACACAACUGGAGGGUGAGAAAAUGCAAAAAGAGGCCGAAGUACAGAAACUCAUGGAGGAGAAUGUGAGGUUGAAUUCUCUGCUUGACAAGAAAGAGGCUCAACUUCUGGCAUUGAAUGAACAAUGCAAGGUAAUGGCAUUGAGCGCUUCAAACUUGUAGAUGCUGUUGUACCUUACAGGUUGUUUGCAUGAUAUGCGCCUCCGGCUUAUCGCGGAAGGCAUCCAAGGGGAGCUUCACUGGGUAUUGCACUUAUCAACUUGAUUGAAGCCCUCUCGUCCUUAAGGAGCAGCAAGGAAGGACUACUUUCAUCACUUGUGCCUUUGUUUCACUCUCCGGUGCCAUGAUUGUGCCUUUUGUUGAAAUUAAUCGUCAAAGACAAUUUGUACUUGAAGUGGAAACUGGGUUUGCUCUUUUAUAAGGGGAAAAAAGAUUUAAGUUGUCAAUAUUUGCAGCAAAUGUUGAAGACCACAUCAUAGAUCGCGGUCAUGUUGAUAUAAUUGUGAGUCAUGAGUGAACCAACAAUCUUGUUUCAGGUUCAAAAAAGGAAUCGUUGGGUUCUAAUUUUAA